AUGUCGGCGGAGGAUGAGGAGCCAGUGUUCUAUGCGAUCAAGAUGGUGGAUAGGAUGCCGAAGCGCAAGAAGCUGCAGACGCUGCGGAAAGGGAGAGCGGAUGGAGGAAAGAUGGUUGGGGAGAGCGAAAUUCGCAAAGAACUUGCCAUCUUUAAAAAGGUCAAUCACCCCAAUAUUGUCCGCCUGAAGGAAAUCAUCGACGAUCCGGAUCAGUCCAAGAUAUUCAUGAUUCUGGAGUACUGUGACAAGGGGGAGAUUACGUGGAAGACGGAUGCGGGGGAGCCGGCGAUGACAGUGGCGGAGACGAGAAGGAUCUUUCGGGAUACCCUAUCCGGCUUGGCUUAUUUGCAUCACCAAGGUAUCAUCCACCGCGACAUCAAACCCAGCAACCUGCUCUUGUCGAAAGACGGGACAGUCAAGAUCUCAGACUUUGGCUGUUCGCACUACUCGGAAGCGCUACGUGCGGCGUCAGCCCAGCCCGGACCAGAAGGGGACCGCUACGUCGACGAUGUCGAGCUGGCCAAAACAGCCGGAUCGCCAGCGUUCUUUGCACCGGAAAUGUGCUACUCGCCAGAGGACGAUGUACCAUCUCGGGAUAGUCUGUCACCCCUGAGUACGCCGGUGCUAGAGGUGCCGGGCUUCACGCUCCGCCCACCCUCCGUCUCGAGCGACUUUCGAGAUUCUCCCCGCGUCAUCCCCCUCAAACAGAUUAAAAGCAACGACUCUGCUUUUCGUCCCCUAUCGGUCCGGUCCCACUCCUCCCAUACCAUCAGCCAGCUCAAGGAGCGCCUUCCCAUCACCAACGCGAUCGACGUCUGGGCACUCGGCGUCACCCUCUACUGCCUCCUCUUUGGCCGCACCCCCUUUGACGCGCCAAACGAAUACCUCCUCAUGCAGGUCAUCCCCAAGGCGGACUUUCCCAUCUGGGAGACGAUUGGGCGGGACAGACUACCCACCAGCGAGAGCAAGGAGGCGCUGGAUCUGUUGCGGCGGUUACUAGAGAAGGAUCCGGCAAAGCGGAUCACCCUGGAGCAAGCCAAGCGCCACCCCUUCACCCUGCGCGAUCUCCACGAUCCCGUCACCUGGCUCGCCGGGACCGACCCUCACGCCCAGGACUACGUCACAGUGUCCAACGACGAGGUGCUCGCUGCGGUCACCACGAGCAAAUCGUUCCGGGAUAAAUUCAAAAAGGGCAUCAAGUCCAUCGGGACCCGGCUUCAGAUCUUUUCGGGGAACCGGAAUCGGACAAGAAGCAUCGGCGACUUUGACCAGCCGGGAACCGCCACGACCAGUACCGACCACUCCAAUGCCAGCAGUUUUCUCAACCUCACGGCGGAGCAUCUGGCGGGGUGGACCAGUCCCCCGCCGUCGGUCCGGCAAAAGUCUCGCUUGCCUAGCAUGAGCAGGGACAUGUCGCCCAUGGCGUCACCGCAGACGGGAAGUGUACGGCGGUUCUCCAUGCUGAGCGCGAGGCUGGGCGAGGCGCCUACCCCGCGCCGUCAGCUGUCGGGGAGUUCGGAAGUGGACACUCCGGCGCAGAGCGGCUUUGUGGUCAACCGACACAAAGCCCAAGCGCCAUCCCACCUCCUCCCUCCUUCCGCCCACCCCGUCUCUGACGCACCACGCUCCCCCACAAAGAUGGCGUCCUCGGCAUCACUCGACAAGUAUGGCAAGGUCCCGGUAUCGCCGCCGGGGUCAAUCCGCCGCCGCAUGUCGGACGUGGAUGUCGCACCUGGACGUCAACGCGCCCCAUCCAGCGCGAGCAGCGCCCAAGCGAGCAUGUCGGGUGGGUUUGGCAAGCUCGUCAAGCUGCUUUCUCGCACGUCGUCGGGUCGAUCAGGGAGUCGCUUUUCGCGUCGGAGCAGGGCGGAGCAGAGCGCGGAGAGCGAUAUGGAUGACCACGCGGUCUCUGCGUCGGCUUCUCCAGCAGAGGCGCUGCGUCGGAUCAGCCUGGACGAUGCACACGAGGACCGGUCGCAUAGCGAUCACGCGUCCAGCUACUCUAGUCAUGCCGAGGCGAUGCCAUCUCCAGGGCAGUCACUCGACUCGCACGCCGCAACGCAGUGGUCGUCCCGGCUCGGCCUACUACCUGUCCGUCGGAGUUCCAGUCCCAAUACGGCGGUAUCGGCGCUGUCGCACUCGGAGGUUGCGGGCGAGGUGGAGAAGGAAGAGUACGACUUGACGGAGCCGCUGGACUGGGGAGAGGACAGGGCGUCGGAUGAUGAUUAUGACGAGACCCCCAAUCUCGCUUCGCCGGCCGGUCACACCGGUCCUCCGGUCCUUCCUCCCCUCGCUACACUUCACUCGCUCGAAGCUAUCCCAGAUGCAUCCCCGCCUGAUGCCUCAGCAAGCGAUUCUCCACUUGUCCAUCCGCAACCCAUCUCCCCCAACUCGUCCAUCCGCUCUCAUACCCCACGGCACUCUACCAGCCCCACCAAUGCCAUGGGCAUGUUAGAUCUCGGACACGGCCAGCACGGACACGGCUUUGGCGGUGGCAAUGGGGUCUACCGCUCUUCCUCCCGGGCGUCAAACAGAGGAGGCGGGUCGCCAUUCCGGACGGCGUUUGAGCACCGGGCGCGAUCCCCUCUUGGGCGUCUCAGCAGUGACGAGGAGGAUGGCGUCUAUCCCCGCGGUCUCCCCCGAUCCCCAUCCCGAGCGGGAGCAAUGAAGAUGGACCGGGAGGAAGGGCUGGAGAUUGUGUUUGGGACAAAGAGGGGGAGGAAGGGGAGUAUGAUAAGUAGAUAG